UAUACCACAGUGAUUAUUUGAACUACGGAGAAACUUGGUGGUAUAAAUGAUCUCUUCCUGGGACGUUGCCUAAGACGUAAGAAAAAUUCGAGAAUAUAUAACCCAAACGAUUAUCCAAACGACUAAGCAACCCUACAGUCUUACAGCCACUAAGCCGCUUCAGUAGGUCCUGACGUAAAGACAUAUCUUAGCUACUACUCUCUACAAUGGCUUUCAACUACUGUGCAUUUAAGACCAUCCUCGUCGUCGUUUGCCUCCAGCAGUUAAGCCUCAACCCUGUUAACACCCAAUUUGAAAUGCCCAUAGAAAUGCCUAUUGAAGUACCCGUGGAAGUGCCAAACAUUCCAGUAGAGGUGCCAAACAUUCCUGUAGAUUUGCCAGAUGUCCCGGUAGAUUUGCCAGAUAUUCCGAUAGAUUGGCCAAAACUUCCUGUAGAUUUGCCGGACAUUCCAGCUGAUGUGCCAAAAAUCCCCGAAGGUGAACCAAAAAUUCCGGCAGAAUCACCAAACGUUGACAGCAAAGUUGACAGCGACGAUGACGACCAUGCACACCCUCCACACCCUCCACACACCCAUGGCAGCCAUGGGCAUGGUGACGAGCAUACCAGCGAUGUCUGUCAACAGGCGAAAAAUAGUUUUCUGAACAGAGCACCGAAAGGGGCUUGUGAUGCUGUCAAAACUACCGCUUUCAGCUCAACCAUGAAACAAGCGGGCUGCACUGACUCCGACAUAGCGGACAUGAGACAGGCCACGUGUGGCGCGUCCACGGCUGUGGUCAGCUGUCUUCUCCUCCUGGCCUUGUCUGCUCUGGCCAAGUGGCUGCUGAGAUAGACGCCGUUAGUUUCUGACUCUAGUCUAAACGUGGGGCCAAUAAAUCAGGCCACAUACACUUUAUGUCACUAAGCAUUGCUAUUCACAACCGUAAUUAGGAAUGAUGAUGCCAUAAUAAGGUUAAGGAAGGUACAAAAUAAAUUUUUAAGCUAUUUUGGAAGACAAUAAAAAAUAAAAAACUACAACCCUCCCCUUCCGGUCGAAUUACCGAAAGAGAAAUAAAAAAUGAAUAAAUAAACAAAUGAAUAAAUGAAUGAAUAAAUAAAUAAAUAAAUAAAUAAAUAAAUAAAUAUCCUAAUUUAGAGGAUACACUGUAAAAGUCGAACAUCGAAGCACCAAGGCUUACAAAGCUGCAGAAAUAUGAAAUAAUGCAGUGCCUAUAAAUUAAUCCCCCCCCCAAAAAAAAUGUAAAAAAAAUAAAUAAAUUUUAUCCUCUCUCUAUCUGAUGGGAUGAAGGAACCAAACUGGAUUACCACUUGACUUGAAGAAAAGGCUCUCCUGGAAGUAUUCCAAAAGCCAAAAGACGUCACCCUAGAAAGCGAACUAUCAGGCAUAAAUUAACUCUGACCCAGAAGUCAGUUCAGACGUCAACUCCUUAAGGACGAAGCAAACACAAUAAAUGUCCGACCAGCAGCAAACCAAGGGCAAUGUUGAGGCACAUUUCGAACUACCAUGCACAAACCAGAAACACGAAUUUGAAUAUUUUAUAGUAUGCAUGUUGUUGCUUGUCUUAUUUAAGGUUCAGCUACAGGACCCAAUUGAAAAAAACCUGUUUGAAUAACGAAGUUACUAAGCUUCUAUUUUUUACGUGCCCCAAAACAGCGUGUCUUCAAACUUUAACAAAACACGCACCAACAAUGAGUUACAGCUUUUGUACUAUGAUGAAUAAUAUAAUGUCCCACACAUGAUUUAAAUGUAUGAAAAAGUCAUCAAGAACGGUGGCUAUAUGAAAACAAAAACGUUACUGUACGUGUGCUUCUUUUUAAUCAUGACAUACUCUACAAGACAAGGCUGAUGCUGCAGCUCAUCUGAGUGUGAGUGCGGGAGAGAAAACAGGUCGACACACGCCAAUUCCGGAAAAAAAGAAUUUUGAGAGUCCACAUGCCUGGUGUUUAUUUGAAAAAAGAGGAGGCUCAUCAACACCGUUACAGCCAUAAUGCAUCAUAAUGCAGGCAAGAAGUAACAUUGACAGACAGAAAAAUACUGAGGAAAAAAACAGAAAGUAGCCUUUGACCUACUACUGGCAGCGUCCUGCAACCACACACAGACAUAUGUGCCAAGCUGAUUGAUUAUUUUGAUUUUAUUGUUGACUGCAUUUCUGUUUCUGUCUGUGCUGAUAUAUCCUUGUGUGUGU